GCUCCCGCGGGCGGACACGCCAGAAGAGGAGGCCGGGGAAUGGCCGCGGUGUGGCAGCAGGUCUUAGCAGUAGACGCGAGGUACAACGCAUACCGCACACCAACGUUUCCACAGUUUCGGACACAGUACAUUCGGCGGCGCAGCCAGCUGCUGCGGGAGAAUGCCAAGGCUGGGCAUCCCCCAGCACUGCGUCGGCAGUACCUGAGGCUGCGUGGGCAGCUCUUGGGCCAGCGAUACGGGCCCCUCUCUGAGCCAGGCAGUGCCCGCGCCUAUAGCAACAGCAUCGUUCGCAGCAGCCGAACUACCCUAGACCGCAUGGAGUGUCCAUUCUUUCUUCACAGAGCCUUUAUCGAUUACCCGCUGAGUGGGGAGCUAGUGCGGAGGCCAGCGCAGUCGUCCAGGCCAUGGUGGUGGCGGUGGGACUUUGAGGAUGAUCCACGGGCCCUGGGGGCCCGUGGGCACCGCCGUUCCGUCAGCCGAGGCUCCUACCAGUUACAGGCGCAGAUGAACCGUGCUGUCUAUGAGGACAGGCCCCCUGGCAGCGUGGUACCCACAUCAGCGGCAGAAGCAAGUCGAGCCAUGGCUGGGGACACAUCGCUGAGUGAGAACUACGCCUUUGCGGGCAUGUACCAUGUUUUCGACCAGCACGUGGAUGAGGCAGUCCCAAGGGUGCGCUUCGCCAACGACGACCGCCACCGCCUGGCCUGCUGCUCCCUUGACGGCAGCAUCUCACUGUGCCAGCUGGUGCCCGCCCCGCCGACUGUGCUCCGUGUGCUGCGGGGCCAUACCCGCGGUGUCUCCGACUUCGCGUGGUCCCUCUCCAACGACAUCCUCGUGUCCACCUCUCUCGAUGCCACCAUGCGCAUCUGGGCCUCUGAGGACGGCCGCUGCAUCCGGGAGAUUCCUGACCCCGAUGGCGCUGAACUGCUCUGCUGCACCUUCCAGCCGGUCAACAACAACCUCACUGUGGUGGGGAAUGCCAAGCACAACGUGCAUGUCAUGAACAUCUCCACGGGCAAGAAAGUGAAGGGUGGCUCCAGCAAGCUGACGGGCCGGGUCCUCGCUCUGUCCUUCGAUGCCCCUGGCCGGCUGCUCUGGGCAGGCGAUGACCGUGGCAGUGUUUUCUCCUUCCUCUUCGACAUGGCCACGGGGAAACUAACCAAAGCCAAGCGUCUGGUGGUGCAUGAGGGGAGCCCUGUGACCAGCAUCUCCGCCCGCUCCUGGGUCAGCCGCGAGGCCCGGGACCCGUCGCUGCUCAUCAAUGCUUGCCUCAACAAGCUGCUGCUCUACAGGGUGGUGGACAACGAGGGGACGCUGCAGCUGAAGAGAAGCUUCCCCAUUGAGCAGAGCUCGCACCCCGUGCGCAGCAUCUUCUGCCCCCUCAUGUCCUUCCGCCAGGGGGCCUGUGUGGUGACCGGCAGUGAGGACAUGUGCGUGCACUUCUUCGACGUGGAGCGGGCAGCCAAGGCCGCCGUCAACAAGCUGCAGGGCCACAGCGCGCCUGUGCUGGACGUCAGCUUCAACUGCGACGAGAGCCUGCUGGCUUCCAGCGACGCCAGCGGCAUGGUCAUCGUCUGGAGGCGGGAGCAGAAGCAUCGAUUUCUUCACUUGGCAACCGUUCGUUGAGUGCCUCCCACGUCGUGGGCGCCCCCGUAUGUGUUUUGCUCCAUCAUGCUUCGGAUGAACAUAACUGAGCACCCACUGUGCGCCAGGAACUGUUCGAGGCACUGGGCGUAGUGCCGUAACCUCCACUGACGGAAAUGCCUGCCUUCAUGGGGCUUGCGUUCAAUGGCAGGUAGCGAACAGACAGAAACAUGCCACGGGGCAGCUGAGGGUCGACAGCAAGGACGGGAGGUAGAGGCGAGGGGUGGGAGAUUGUGCUCUCUUUGGUGCUGUGAUCAGGGGAUGACCUUCCUGACGGUGAAAUUGAAACAACGACCUGAAUGAAGAGAGAGGGAGCUGUGGUUUGUGGGAAAGAACAUUCUAGGCAGAGAGGAAAGGCAGUGCAAAGGCACUGAGGCUGGAGUGUGCCAGAGGAUCAUUGAGGAGGCUGGUGUGGGUGGACCAGAGGGUGGUAGGAGAUGAGGUCAGACAGGCCUGAUCCUGGAGAACUUCGUGACCACGGUGAGGACUUGGGGUUUUCUGAGUGAGAGGUCAGUUGCCCGAUGGAGCAGAGGAGGGACGUGAUCCCAUUUGUUUGUUAGAGGACCCCUCUGGGGGCUGUGAAGAGAACAGACUUGGGGGGGUGCAGGGGUGGAAGCAGGGGGACCGGUCAUGGCCCUGCAGGAGUCAAGGUGGGCAGUGACUGGAACUUGGCCAGCCUAGUGGUGGGAGAGUUGAGGUGGGGAACAUUGGCUUCGACCACAGGGAUUUCAUGCUAUUAGUCUGCAGGGCUCUGCUGGCUCCUCAGGAAGGCCGAGGCUCCCAGCUCCCCCCUGCGGCCCCCCAAGGCUCUUCCCCACAAACAGGGAACAGAUGAGUUGAGGAUGUGCAGAAACAACCAGGGACCCUAAGGCUGAGCUAGCGGCUCCUGCUGGUGGGAGGAGGGGAUGGGGAGUCUCUCUCCAUCCCCAGAGGAACCCCAGACCACCGCUAGCUCCUUCCAUGCCCACCCAGAACCCAAAUUCAAGGCCCAGAACAGCUCAGAGUCUGUAAAGUGAAUGUUCAAAUUUGAGGGGAGCCCCGAGUGAGGAGAGAAAGCUUGGGAUAUUGACGGGGUGAGAGAACCAAAAUCUCUUGUCAAUGACCUCAGUCACCAGGAAAUGUCAAAGUUGCCAGAAGUGCCAAGGAGGCUCUUGCUUCAGCUGCUGCCUCCCCUCCAGCUGCAUAGGAGCUGGAGACCUCAGGGUCGGUCCACAGAGCCACAGGCACUCCAGCCUGACCCAACGUGAUCGAGUAGCCGAACUAACACCAGCAGUUUGUUGGAGAAGGAAAAAUAACUGGUUUGUUCAAACCACUGUUAUUUGACAGUGUGGUUAUUUGCAACCAGAAGCAUUUCUAUAUGGCGCUUUCAUCUUGACCUUAAGGUCAAUGGCGAUGAGAUAGGGACAUCAGCGAGCUGGACGUUCGUGAUGAAGUUCAUGCAUCUGUAUGUGUCAGAGGUCCCCCAGACCACCCAGACUCAGUGAUUUGCUGGGAGGACUCUUGGUCUCAGCAUAUGGUUUUACACACAGCUAUGAUUUCUUCCUGCAAAAAGAUACAGAGCACAAUCGGCAAAGGGAAAUGGCGCCCAGGGCAAAGUCUGGGGGAGACCAGGCAUAAGCUUCCAAGGGUCCUCUCCCAGUGGAGUCACAGGACAUGCUCAAUUCCCCCUGUCACGGCUCCUGACAACCCAGAGAAGCUCAUUAUUAAAGGUUGAGCGCCCAGGGUUGUUUCUGGGGGCCGGUCACGUAUGCACCCCCUGCCUGGCGCAUACCCAAGUUCCAGGCCGUCCAGGAAGGAAAGCAGGUGUUCAGCAUAAACCAGAGUGCUUGUAUAAACAGUUGAGGCACAGUGAGCCACUCAUCAUUUAGAGACUGGUGAGAACCCUGGUGAAAGAUCUAAGUUUCCAGAUGCCAGCCCAGGGCCAUCCUCGAAGCUAGCCUUUCCAAGGAGAGAAGUUCAAGCCUGCUGUAUUAAUUCUUUCUGCACACUGUACAACACCAAAAAGGUGCUCGGUUUCAGCCAGGGUCGGUGGAUGGACAAGAUCACUUGGGGGAACCUCAUUUUUCUCUAGCGCCUUCCAUUUCUUCAAAUUUUUCAUGUUAUUGAAUCUGAAUGCAAGAUGGCUAAUCACGGAUAUUGUUAUACAUGAUUUGGGGGGUUUCUUUCUCAUGAAAUUUUGAGGUGGCCGAGUUGAUAUUCUGCUUUAUUUUAUUUUUAAAGCAAACUCUAUGCCCAACGAAGGCCUCAAACUCACGACCCUGAGAUCAGGAGUCAUGUGACUGAGC